CUAUGAUCUACCCAACGCUUGGUAAAAUACUCAUACCAACAGCAACAGGGGUUGGGGUGCCCACUUUAAAAUGAGAUCGCUCCCCCGCACCUUUCGUUUUCAGAUCCGCAUGAUGACCGAUGUUUCCGAUCUCUUUACGUACACACAGCUCUCUUCUCCGAAUGCUACUUACCAUCGCCGUUCAUCACCUUCACUCUUUCUCUUUCUCUCUCGUUCUCCAGCUCGAAAGUAAAUCUCUGCUUUUCCUUCGCUUUCCCGACUCCCAUGGCUUCCACAGUGGAUUCCACUGCCCAUACGCUGUCCCAGCUUGGUGUCCAUGAUGAUUUCGCUUCUUCUGUCCCAAAUCUUGAAAAAAAUCUCAACCUUUUGCCCCAAGAACAGGUUGGGCUCGCGAAGAUGCUGUUGGAGAUGGGGCAAAGUCAUUUGUUUGAACAUUGGGCGGACCCGGGUGUCGAUGACGACUUAAAGAAAGGCUUUUUCGAGCAGGUGGCUCGCCUAAAUUCAAGCUGUCCUGGGGGUUUGGCAUCGUACGUUAAAACCGCUAGAAGACUCUUGGCUGAUUCAAAAGAUGGAAAGAAUCCAUUUGAUGGCUUCACGCCUUCUGUUCCAACUGGUGAGAAUUUAACAUUUGCUGAUGAUAAUUUCACCUAUUUUGAGGAGGUAGGUAUAAAGGAAGCUCGAAAAGCUGCAUUUAUUCUUGUUGCAGGGGGCCUUGGGGAGCGUCUAGGAUACAAUGGAAUCAAGGUUUCUCUUCCUGUAGAAACAACUACUGGAGCAUGUUUCCUGCAGCAUUAUAUAGAAUAUAUAUUGGCUCUUCAAGAUGCCAGCUGUAAACUACUACCAGAUGAAUGCCAGACGCAGAUUCCUUUUGUCAUCAUGACAUCUGAUGACACUGCACGCACCUUAGAACUCUUGGAAUCAAAUUCUUAUUUUGGGAUGCAAUCCACACAAGUGAAACUUUUAAAGCAGGAAAAAGUAGCAUGCUUAGAUGAUAAUGAUGCCAGGCUAGCAGUAGAUCCACAUAACAAAUACAGAAUUCAGACAAAACCUCAUGGACAUGGCGAUGUGCAUGCACUUCUUUAUUCCAGUGGUCUUCUGAAAGUGUGGCUUGUUGCUGGUUUGAAAUGGGUCCUCUUUUUUCAAGAUACAAAUGGACUUCUUUUCAGGGCAAUUCCUGCAGCACUAGGUGUCAGUGCUACCAAACAGUACCAUGUUAACUCUCUUGCUGUGCCUCGGAAAGCAAAAGAAGCUAUUGGAGGGAUUACCCGACUCACUCACUCUGAUGGGAGGACAAUGGUGAUAAAUGUGGAAUACAAUCAACUAGAUCCUCUCCUCAAGGCAAAUGGACAACCUGAAGGUGAUGCCAAUUGUGACACUGGCUACUCACCUUAUCCAGGAAAUAUAAACCAAUUGAUACUAGAACUUGGUCCUUACAUUGAAGAGCUCACAAAAACAGGAGGUGCUAUAAAGGAGUUUGUUAACCCAAAAUACAAAGAUGCCAGUAAAACUUCAUUUAAGUCCUCUACUCGACUCGAAUGUAUGAUGCAAGACUAUCCCAAAACAUUGCCCUCAUCUGCAAGGGUUGGGUUCACGACCAUGGAUUCAUGGCUUGCUUAUGCACCUGUGAAGAACAACCCAGAAAUGCUGCUAAGGUACUUCUAGAAUGCAGAGGGUAUUGGCCCAUGAAGAAUGCAUAUAGGCUUAGGGUGCUCUAUGAAGAUUUGCAAAAGAAAAUAAUAGAUAAAUAAUAUUUUUAUGUGGGGAGUCCUGACCUGAGUGUUUGAUUUCAAAAUUCAUAUAUGUUGUAUUCUUUUAAAGGCUUAGAUUUGGAAGAUUGCAUCGAACAUUUAGGUGAUGGUGAUUUGGUUUUAAAAGGCUGUGGGAUGUCAAAAGGUUGAGUGAUACUAAAAUAAAUCUCUCUGUAUAUAUUAUCAAAAGGUUCAAGAAAAAAUAUUUUAAUAUUCUUUUUGUUAUUUUAACUGAAGGUUCCAAUAGGAAAUCCAUAUCAUAGUGCAACCUCCGGAGAAAUGGCCAUUUAUCGAUCAAACAGCCUCAUUCUAAAAAAGGCUGGCGUCGAAGUAGCGGGUCCAGAAUUGCAGGUUAUUAACGGGCAAGAGGUGGAAGUGUGGCCUCGUAUCACGUGGAAACCAAAAUGGGGUCUGACCUUCUCUCAGAUUAAGAAAAGAGUCAGUGGAAGUUGCUCCAUUUCUCAGAGGUCUACAUUAGCCAUUAAGGGUAAAAAAGUCAGUCUAAAGAAUCUGUCCUUAGAUGGGGCUCUUGUCGUUGAUGCUGUUGACGAUGCAGUGGUGGACGUGGUCGGAUCUGUUCAAAACAAAGGGUGGAUCCUCGAAACUGUGGACUACAAAAAUGCCUGUGAGCCCGAGGUAGUAAGGAUUAGGGGUUUUAAAUUCAACAAAAUUGAACAACUGGAGAGGAAAUACUCUGAAACGGGCCAAUUCACCUUGAAGUAUUGAAGUUACAUUUCACUCGUACAUCAUUCCUUAUUCUUCUACUGCUUUGCAACUUGUGUUCAUGAGCUGGGUGCCUAGUAACAUGUUCUAAGCAGAUAUUAGGAGUUUUCUGGGAUUUGAAAUUUUGUAGUCAUUAUACGGGAGUUCCUGACUUUCUUUCUCUUUGAAUUGGUUGGAGACGAAUGACAAUUGAUUCAUGUUCAAGGUUUAGUCCCAAUUGGAAUGAAAGGAUUUUGAUGAUUGACUGGCCAUA